AUGUCCCCGAACCUAACGCUUUUGAGUGACUGCACUCUCAAUGCUAACUCCCCAUCCGCGCUUUAUGUGGUGUUUCAAGACUGGCAGGUUCACGUUACGUCCACACCUGCCGAAGCAGGAGGUCCGGCAAUCCUCACGUGCGUGGCUCCAGCUGCUCUCAAAGAGCACGCGUCAGUCGCAGCCUGGUACAGAGAUGAGUCUGUACUCCCUGCCGCUGAUCACAUGUCCGGUUCCACUUUCAUAGUAGACGAUGGUUGGAAACUAAUCGUGCGCUCAGUGCGAAUAGAAGACUCUAAAGCGAUGUACUCCUGUUCAGUGCUGGACUCCCUCACCGGUGAUAGAAGGAGAAGUACUCCUGUCAACAUUGAUGUAGCUCCAAUGAGCGUCGCGUCUGCACCUCGCAGCAUCUCACACGGCCAGUGGGAGGCCGUCGUGCGGAGAGGUGGUGACGUCACACUACCCUGCCUCGUCCACGCUAACCCACCACCUACAAUCACGUGA